GUAUGUCAGUUCUGCUUGCUCAGGAGUCAGAUGAUGUCACAAGUACAAAGAUGGAGAACCUUGCAAGCACCCCUGUGUCUUCAGCAAAGAAGAAGGCAGGCCGCAAACAUUCCCGGGAGAAGCAGCAGUUUGGCUCUAAGGACAGCGUAAAAAUUGUGAAUGAAAUUGGGGGACAACGUAACAAGGAACCUGUGGACCCAGCAGAAACACGGAGCUUAUUGGACGAAGACAAGUCAGAGAUCGACACUGGUGUUGAGAGCAGCCAGGACCCAGCCCUACAGCAGGCGGUGAAUCCUGAGGAACAGCCUCAGAAGGAGCUGCGAGCCCCCCAGGCAGAGGCAGAGGUAGAUGAGGUGGAAACUGGGGAAGAGGGGCCAGAGCUGGAAGAGGAAAACGAGGAAGAAAUUGAAGGAGAAGAAAACGACACCGAGAAUUCGCUCAGCUCCCUCCCCACUUUAGCCAUGAGGUGCGCUCCCAACUCGGAGGUGGACGUGGAGGACAGCAUAUCACAGGCUCCGACAGAAUCGCCUGUUUGGACCCCCAGAAAGGAGGAAGUGGAAGGAGGGAAAAAUCUAGAGAAAGAGGAGAACCUACGCAGGGAAAGAGCUAGCGCUUCCUCCGAGAGUGGAGUGCCAGCAUCACCUAACGGUGGGUUCUCCUCGCUCAGCCACCAAAGCGAUUCGCUGUCUCUGCCAGGCACGCCUCUCAGCAAUGCCUCGGUGAUCAGUCGGUCGUCCGAUGCCUCUGUCAGCUCAGCAUCGUCCACCCGCGCACUUCUUUCGCACCCCACUGACGGAUUUCCUUCCAGCGUGGUUUAGAUGUUCACUAUAGUGGAAGUGGUCUUUUUUCAUUCUUUCUUUCUUUAUUCAGUUUUAUUAUUAUGAUAAAUGUCAUUCUCAAGUUUAAGUCGCAAAUGAUACCCAUCGCAGUAUGAGUUGUGAGGUCUUUUGUAUUUUUGUUCAUUUUGCAUUUCUUAAAUUUUGCAAUAUGCAGAGUGGAAGAAUUUACAAGAUUUGCAUAUAUGAGCCAGAUGCAUGUAAUGUUGCUUUUGUCAUAAGUAGGGAAUUCUUUUUAAUAUUGAGAGGAGGUGUGUCGUUAAUUGUAUUUAAAGUAUUUCAGUCGUUACCGUCUUAAUCAUUCAUUUUUCUCAUACAGCAGAGUUGGUGCAUAAAGAACAUGUUAUGUAUAAAUUGUAAAGAUUGCAUAAUUAGCAUAGUAUUGUUAGUAUAUCAAUUUUAUUUGGGUCAUUCAUGGGCUGUUGGAAGGAUUAUCUCCUCAGUUUACAAAAAUUAUCAAGUUGUUACGUAUGGGCAAACCAAAUAUAGAAUUUUGAUGAAUGACCAAGCGAAAUAUGUGCUUUAGAUAUAAUCCAUUAAAAAAGUGUCAGUUUACUGUUAAAAGGAUAUUAGUGUAGAAUUUCACCGAUCAAAACAAAUUAUGAAUUCCAUCCGCUGUUUUUUAAGAUCUGCUGUCAAUCUAGCAAUUAUAGUUUAGUACCAAAGGACACAAAGGAAUUUUUUUUUUUUUUUUUACUGUUUGUUCAAGUCAUUUUGAGCUAAGAAUUAUAUGCCUGUGAUAUUAAGCAGAUCUGCUGUGUCUAUUCAUGUGUAUAUAUCAACUUUUUCUGUUUGUAAUGCUGUCAUUAUCCUAAAGGAUGAAUGUGUUCUGUCUCUCACUCUGUUCACAUAUCGUUAGAAAAGGUCACAAGGUAAUGGAGUACGUCAUUUAUAAGGGUUUAGUGUUAAACUUUUGUUAUUAACUUCUGAAAUGUAUAUCUUGCAAAUAUCAGAAUAUAAGAGAUAUUUACUAGGCUUGAAGUUUACUCUAAUGCAUCACAUGUCAUUCAAAGAGAUUCCUUUUGUGAUAUAGUUAGAAUUUUUGUUAUUGAUAGGGAAGAUUCAAAUGCAGUAUUUAUCACAUACAGUAUAUGAAACUGGAGGCAGUAUUUUUCAUCUUUUGGACACCUCUGUGAAGGUUUUGCAAAUUUUGUAGAUUUCAUGAACUCUUUACAGGAUGAAAAGAGAAAAGGGAGUUGAUUUAGUUAUGUUUGGUUAUGAAGUAGAUUCAGCUGAGGUGAUUUAUUGUUAAUGCUUUUGUUGUUAUUAAUUUUUUUUUUUUUUAUUAAUAUUAUUAUUUUAUUGUUUUAUUAUUAUUAUUAUUAUUAUUAUGAUAAUGAUAAUAGUAAUAAUAAUAAUAAUAAUAAUAAUAAUAAUACUCAUACUCAUACAACCAUUAUUAUUACUAUCAUUGUUGUUGUUUUUUCCUUUACUCUUAUUUUUAUUAUUAUUAUUUUUGCUUUAUUAUUACUGUUUUACUAUUAUCAUCACUACUACUUUUGUUUUUAUUAUUUUAUUAUCAUAUUAGCACUUUGAUUUUCAAAAUAUGUCUGCACAACCAUUGCCUGAAGUAUAUACGUAUAUAUAUUUUUGUUUAUCCUGAGAGCGCUGAAAAAAAAUCAGUUAUUGUUAACUUUAACUGAUUUUCAUUAUAGAAGGAUCAAAAGAAAUUGAGGUUAUGUAUAUAGUGCAAGGGCAUAAUUAUUCAUGCUAGAUGUUGAAGUCAUUAGGAAAAUAUUAUCAUUUACAAAUGGAAUAGAUUUAUAGAGGGAGACUAUGUCAAAAUAUUGGCUUUUACAUUUUUUUUUUUUUUUUUUUUCCCCCAUAAGCUAAUUAUUAUGCUAUAUUGCAUGCAAAUAUGUUGUGAUUGGAAAAUUGUGAAGGUAGAAAGCGUCCAAUCAGGAAGCUCAGUCCAAGAGAACUUAAUCUGAGGCUUGGAGAAUAUGAGAGUUUGAAGGAAUGAAGUGUCACUGCAUUGAGUUAUGGUUAUUUGGAAUUAUGAUUUUCAAAAAGAGAGAAAAAAACAAAAAGUUAAAAGUUACACUAUUGGUUGAUUGUGCAAUAAUUUUCAAAUUUGUAUGUAAGUAAUAUUUCUGUGAUAUAAUACGAUUACUUUAUAAUUUUUAAUGGACCUUUUUUUUUUUUGGCUAAUUUUAAGACAGUGUAUAAACUAUAACAUAAAAAUUAGCAUUAAUUUCUGUAGACGGAUAUUAGAAAUAAUGUGUACAAAUGCGGUAAUAUACAUAAGAUUAAGGAAAAAUAAAAGUUAUUCUAAAA